UUCAUUAUUUAUAUAAAAACACGUGGUGUACCAUCUGUAUUCCGAUCACAAUAAAAAAUUUCUCUAGAUUCAUGUCUGUAAUUUUGUCAUUUCAUCAGCCCAUUCCGAUCUUCUUCUCCGUUAAAUCAAUGAGUUCCCAUUUUGAUUCUCUGGUUCUCCGACUGACCAGGUAAUUUUCUCUUCCAACUAAAUUAAGAUACAACUCCUCUCUGUCUUCCCUUUCCAACGAUCUUUUCGUUUCAUCACAAUUAGUAAAGUCGGAACAGUAAUUCAGAUCUUUUCAUUUCACCACAAUUCCAACACACGCAUCGACAACCACCAACUCUGAAAAAUGGCAAUGGAAAUCCUGAUGCAUGUGAUAAACAGAUGCAGAUCUCGCUUCGGAAAGAAGCGGAGAUGUCGUUGUACGACCUAGACGACACGCCCUUGCCGAAUCUAGCUUCCGUCGAAGAAACCUACGGAAUUGGAUUAUGGCGCUGUACCUGAGGUGCAAGAAUUGCAAAAGGCGACUGCUGAGGGGCGUUGAGACACAAACCUGCGUCUUCUGACAGCAAGGACCUCCCUCCCGACCUUAUCAAUUUCCAAGAUACUUUUUGGUACCCGUAGCUGCUCUUGUACCUGAGCUUAAGUCGAUAGCAUUGCGAAGGGCGGCUGCUGAGGGGCAUUCAGACGCUGACCUGCGUAUUGUACGGCAGAUGGCCUCCACCCGACCCCAUCAAUUUCUGAGAUACUUUUGGGUACCGGUGGCUGCUUCAAUACCUGAGCUUAAGUGGACCGCAUCAGCUGCUACGGCUAAAGCGGCGGCGGAGUGGAAGCACAAGGCAAGCACGUUCUCUCGCAUAAGCUUUCCUAAGAGAGAGGUGAGCAAGAAGCGGAAGGCCUUCUUCUUCCUCCACUGCUUUUGCUGCCAUUGCUACUUCGGCGGUGGGGAUAAUCGUCGGCACAUCACUAUCACAAGGAGUCAUCAUCGUCCUUGGCGAAUGGAUUCUACGACGAGUACAACUCGUCUUCAACGGCCAAGGCUGCGAGCAGCGGAACUGGAAGCAGAAAGACUGAUCAGUGUUGCUUCCAUGGAGUAUGAGUCGAGCGACGACGAUCAGCACUUCAAGAGAAAGCCGUCGAGGUACAAGUCGUCGCCACCGUAGGACGCCGAGCAGGAAAAGCCCUUCAGGCACUCGAGAGGAGGCAGGGAUCGGGAUAGCAGGCAGAGAUACUUUUUUGGGGAAUGUCGAAAUUGGCUUUCUCCGAGAACGACAUCGUGAGCAUCUUUGUCUGCUGGGUAGGCACCUUUUGAAUAACAUAUGUGAGCUUCUUUGUCGGUGGUAGUGGCAUAAUUGUAAAAAAAAUAUGGAAAAUUGAUUUCUAACAGAAUGGGGUUUCCAUUAAGGGCAAUGGCUGAAAAAAAAAAUUAUGACGUUUUAGGC